AUGAGUUUCUUAGAAUUAACAGAGCCUUGGGGCAAACCUAGCAGAAAUAUUUUUUUCCCUACAUCUAAUGAUGUUCAACAAAAUGCUGCGCCAGUGAUUUCACGAACUACUCAACCUAUAGUCACAGGUGCCUCCGUAAUUGCAUUGAAAUACGCAGAUGGUGUUAUGAUUGCUGCUGAUAACUUAGCAUCUUAUGGAUCUUUGGCUCGCUUUUUUGAUGUAGAACGUCUCACAAAGGUUGGAAACAAUACAAUCGUCGGUAUUGGGGGCGACGUUUCAGAUUAUCAGCAUAUCCAAAGAACCCUCGAGGAUCUUGAGAUAAAAGAAAAUAACUAUGGAGACGGUUAUGCAUUACAACCAUCCCAUAUCCAUGAAUAUUUGUCUAGAGUAUUUUAUGCUCGUCGUAAUAAAAUGGAUCCUUACUGGAACCAGGCCAUUGUUGCUGGCGUCGAUGGAGAUGAAAAAGAACCUUUUGUAGCUUUUGCUGACCUACGUGGUAACACUUAUACUGCACCUGCAAUUGCUACAGGAUUUGCGAUUCAUCUUGCCCUUCCGAUGUUACGUAAGGUGACUGACGAUGACCGCUGGAAAACUUUGUCAAAGGAGCGCGCUCGCGCAGCCAUAGAUGACUGUAUUCGCGUUCUUUACUACCGUGAUGGAAGAAGUUUGAACAAAUUUAGCGUUGCUACCAUUACAGCAGGUGGCGUCGAUUUCCAAACCAACCAGUCCGUUUCCUCUGAAUGGGCUUUUGCUGAAAAGCAGUAUGGUUAUGGCACGCAAGAAGUAUAA